AUGGCUUACUCAGACGAUCUCCCGCUCUCCGAGAAGCGGGAGGAGGGCCUUCAGCCAAAAAUAGACCAACCAGACACAACACAACAAGCUUCGAAGAAAGUCUCACGCGGAGAUGAUACCCACGCCGAAAAUGCCUCCCAAUCCGACAAGAGCAGCCAGCAAGGUAGCCCAAGGAUCGAGAAAGCCGGCAAGCGCGAGCUCACAGAAGACGAAUGCUACGAUAAACUCGGCUUCUGCUUCCCCACCUACAAGAAAUGGGUUAUCAUCUCGGUGAUCUUCGUCGUGCAGAUGUCCAUGAACUUCAACACAGGUGUCUACGCCAGUGCCGUGACUGGCUUGACGGAGGAAUUCCACAUAAGUGAACAAGCUGCCCGAGUCGGACAAUGUGUUUUCCUCGUCGCGUAUGCGUUCGGUUGUGAGCUUUGGGCGCCCUGGUCGGAGGAGUUCGGCCGGUGGCCCAUCAUGCAGCUCUCAUUGUUUCUGGUGAAUAUCUGGCAGAUUCCAUGCGCAUUGGCGCCUAACUUUGGCACUAUCGUUGUUUGCCGUAUUCUAGGUGGUUUGAGCUCGGCUGGUGGCUCUGUCACUUUGGGUAUGACGGCUGACAUGUGGGAACCUGAUAACCAGGGCUACGCAGUGGCAUAUGUGGUGCUGUCUUCGGUGGGAGGAUCGACUAUUGGACCGUUCUUUGGUGGUAUCAUUGGUCAAUAUCUCUCAUGGCACUGGGUUUUCUGGGUCCAGUUAAUCUUCGGUGGAGUCACACAAGCCAUGCAUUUCUUCUUGGUUCCUGAGACUCGUGCUACACUUUUGGUCGAUAAGGAAGCUAAGCGUCGCCGGGAGGCUGGCGAGGAAGAGGUCUAUGGCCCUAAUGAGCUUAAGAAGCCUCGAUUGGAACUCCGCGAGGUUCUGACUAUCUGGCGUCGACCUUUCGAGAUGUUCUUACUUGAGCCUAUUGUGCUGUUCCUGUCCUUGCUCUCCGGUUUCUCCGACGCUCUGAUCUUUGUUUUCACCGAAUCAUUCACUCUGGUUUUUGAACAGUGGAACAUGUCCACUUUGGCCAUCGGGAUGACCUUCGGUUCGAUUUUGAUCGGUUACAUCCUCGCUUAUUUCAUCUUCUUGCCCGACAUUUAUCGUCAAAUAAAAUUACGCGCAAAGGAAGGUGCCGCUAGUCGCUACGCCGAGCGACGUCUCCUUUUACUUCUCUUCCUUGCCCCCCUGGAGCCUAUCGGUCUGCUCGGUUUCGCAUGGACCUCGAUGGGUCCUCCAAUCCCCUGGAUCGCACCUCUCAUCUUCUCUUGCAUGAUCGCCAUGGCCAACUAUGCGAUCUAUAUGGCCACGAUUGACUACAUGGUCGCGGCCUACGGUCCUUAUUCUGCUUCUGCAACUGGAGGUAACGGAUUCGCUCGUGAUUUCCUCGCUGGUAUCGCGACCAUGUACGCGACGCCGAUGUACACCAAUAUUGGCCAGAAAUACCACCUCCAGUGGGCGAGUACGAUUCUAGGAUGUAUCGGCUUCUUGGUCUUGAUUCCUAUCUAUGUGUUCUAUUGGAAGGGCCCCGAGAUUCGGAAGAAGAGCAAGUUUGCGCAGCAGCUUGCUGCGGACCGGGAAAUACAUACUGAGCGGAGGAGAAGCCAGUUUGCAUCUAUGGAUGCCUCCUAG